AAUGGAAAAUUCAGCGCUCAUUAUCGUUGAUGUUCAAAAUGACUUUUGUGAAGGAGGCUCCCUUCCUGUAUAAAAAGCCUCUGAAAUCAUUCCCAAGAUAAACAAAGUCAGAAAAUAUUUUAAAAACGUAAUUUUCACCUAAGAUUGGCACCCACAAAAUCAUGUUUCCUUCAAGGUAAACCAUCCGAAUCUACAUGAAUUGUCUAAAGAAGAGAUUUAGAAUCUUUGGCCAGUACAUUGUGUCUAAAAUACCUUUGGAGCCUAAAUACAUAAAGACAUUUAAAUUGAGAAUGGUGAUAUUUUUGUUCAUAAAGGAACAAAUUCUAAAUAUGAAAGCUAUAGUGGCUUUGGAUGUAAAGAAGAUAAGACCAAUUUACAUGAAAUUGUACUAUUAAUAUAACUAAUUUAGCUUCAAACCUUAAAUGUGAAUACAAUAUAUGUUGGGGGAUUAGCAUUAGACUACUGUGUUUUAUUCACUGCCAUAGAUGCCAUCAAAUUAGGAUAUAAAGUAAAGGUUUUAAAGGAUUGCACUCAGGCAAUUGAUCCAGAAAAUGCAAAAACGAAAAUAAACUCUUUCUUUGCAGAUAUUCGUCGUUAGGACAGCACAAUUUAGGAAAAUUCUUUACAAAUUUUCACUUCCUAUGAGGUACAAGAAUGA